AUGAAGUUCUUACCUGUUGUUGCUGGUCUCGAGCUCAUUGCGCAAGUCACUUUGGCUGUCCCCGGUAUCCGCAUCCCAAGCGUACGAGAGGCGGCAGAAACGCUGCAGAAGCGGCAAUCGAGCAUAAUCGUCACCACUGGCGCGAAUGGAACGAGCGUACAGCCACGACUUGAGAUUCGGCAAAUGAUGGCCAAUGCUCCGAACCAAUGGACGCUUUUCAUUUUAGCAAUGCAAGCGUUUCAGGCCCGGAGUCAAAGCGAUGCUGGUUCAUACUACCAGAUUGCCGGUAUACACGGUGUGCCUCGCCAGAACUACAACGGCGUAGGUCAGUGCAGCACCUGUGGCGAUGCUGACGGCUACUGCACUCACGACUCUGUCCUCUUUCCAGGAUGGCACCGCGCAUACCUCGCUUUGUUCGAGCAACAGCUUCUCAGCGUGGCAAAUCAAAUUGCGGCGUCCUAUCCGGCUUCCCAACAAGCCACUAUGGUGGCAGCAGCCGCGAAGUUGCGACUACCGUACUGGGACUGGGCAGCAGAGCCUCGUGCGAAUUAUCCUACCUUGGCUUCAAGCAUCAGUAAUAAGUACGUAACGGUCAACGGGCCGAAGGGUUCGACAACGAUCAACAACCCGCUCUUCCGGCAUGAUUUUCAGGAUACGAGUGGGAUGGUCUACUCACCAUUCAACGGCUGGCCUGUGACCUUGAGGUCCCCAAACAGCAACGCCGCAUCCGCGAGCAGCCAGGAAAACCAGGUCAUCUCUGCGUUUGACAGCAUUCGGCCUAGCAUGCAGGAUCAAGUUUACCAGCUGUUCAGCACGUGUUCCGACUUCGAAUUCUUCAGUAACGACGACGCCGGAUCGAGCUCCACCUCAUGCUCUAACAGUUUGGAAGGCAUUCACAACACAAUACACGUCACUGCUGGUGGUUCGGGUUCAAGCACGGUAUUUGGAGGCCACAUGACUUACCUUGCCGUUGCCGCCUUUGACCCCAUCUUCUGGCUACACCACUGCAACGUGGACAGACUUUUCGCCAUGUGGCAGGCCUUGCAUCCGAACUCAUACGGCGCAUCGCAGCCCGCUCCUCACGACACCUGGACAAUCAAGGCAGGAUCGACCCAGGGCGCUGAUUCCCCGCUGACGCCCUUCUACAAAGACACCAACGGCAACUUUUGGACCACCAACCAAGUCAGACACUGGGACCAGGCUUUCCACUACACCUACCCCGAGUUCUCGAACAGUGACGGAAGCUCGACAGCUAUUGCUAGCUAUAUCAACCAACUCUACGGUCCUAGCGCGACCGCGACCGCGGGCUCUUCCAAGCGCACUUCCGUGCCCGAGCCGGCGGGCAUGCUGCGCAACACAUUCCAGGCAGCUCCCGCUGCGUACCGUCUGCAGGCACGGCAAGAAACGCCCACCAAGGCGCAAAAUGGCAGCCUGUACCAGUAUGUCGCCAACAUCCAUUCUCCGCGCUAUGCGCUCAAUGGUUCUUACAAUAUCUACCUUUUUGACGGGAAUCCGGCAAGCGAGGUCCCAACGUCAUGGAUCUCUGAUGUAAACCUCAUCGGUCCCAUGGGCGUUCUCUCCCAGCCCGGCAUGACCAGCAAGGAGCUUGUUGCCGCAGGCUCAAUCCCACUUACGCGCACCUUGACGAACAAAGUCAAUCAAGGCGUGCUGGCGUCUCUGUCAGAAGCGGACGUCGUGCCCUAUCUGCAGUACAGUCUGAUUUGGCGCGUUGCGGGACCCAAUGGUACUCAGGUCGAUCCUGCCACGAUACCCCAGUUUGAUAUCGCUGUGUAUGCCUCAACGGCUAGCCCACCAAGCGAGUUCGGCCUGCCGCAAUGGUCAAGGUUCAUACCUCUGGUCGAUGUCACGCAAGGCAAGGCAGGUGGUGCAAACAUCACCACUGCGAAUGGCACGGUGGUGAGACGGGCCUCACUGGCGUAA